AUGGCCGAUCCAUCAAGAAUGCCAGCACCAAAACCGACGACGCCCCUCUAUCAACAAGCAAUCCAGCUAGCGUUCGACGUCGCCAACGGUCGCCAUGCUCUCUCGAAGCUCAUCCCGCCAGCUCUCUUCCUGGCCGAUGCGCUCCUCUGCGGGCUGGUCAUUUGGAAAGUGCCUUACACCGAAAUCGACUGGACGGCCUACAUGGAGCAAGUCUCCCAGAUCCUCUCGGGCGAGCGCGAUUACACCAAGAUCCGCGGCGGCACCGGCCCUCUCGUCUACCCCGCUGCGCACGUCUACAUCUACACCGGAUUAUACCACUUGACGGAUGAGGGGACGAAUAUCUUGCUGGCGCAACAGUUGUUUGCAGGGCUCUAUAUGGUUACGCUAGCGGUUGCACCACCAUACCUCUUCCCGCUCCUGAUCCUCUCGAAACGGCUACACAGCAUCUUCGUCUUGCGCUGCUUCAACGACUGCUUCGCCGUUCUGUUCCUCUGGCUCGCCAUCUUCUUCCUCCAGCGGCGCAACUGGCAAGUCGGCGCAUUACUCUACACACUCGGCCUAGGCGUCAAAAUGACCCUACUGCUCUCCUUACCAGCCGUCGGCAUCGUCCUCUUCCUCGGCAGCGGCAGCUUUGUCACCACCCUACUACUCGUGGCAACAAUGAUUCUAGCCCAGGUCCUCAUCGGCGUUCCCUUCCUGGCGCACUACCCGACGGAAUACCUCUCGCGCGCCUUCGAGUUCUCCCGGCAGUUCUUCUUCAAGUGGACCGUCAACUGGCGCUUCGUCGGCGAGGAAGCCUUUCUCAGCAAGGGGUUCGCGCUCACGCUGCUCGCUCUGCACGUUGCAGUUUUGGGAAUAUUCGUCACCACCCGCUGGAUCAAACCUGCGCGCAAGUCUCUUGUUCAGCUAAUCUCUCCUCUCCUCUUUGCGGGUAGGCCGCCGCUAACUGGCCCCGAACACCGCGCUGCGGCACGGGAUGUGACUCCGAAGUAUAUCCUGACCACGAUCCUGUCUGCCAAUGCUGUCGGCCUCCUCUUUGCUCGGUCCCUCCACUACCAGUUCUAUGCCUAUGUCGCUUGGUCGACUCCGUUCCUCCUCUGGCGCGCGGGGUUGCACCCUGUUUUGGUGUACCUGCUGUGGGCGGUGCAGGAGUGGGCGUGGAAUGUGUUUCCUAGUACGCCGGUGAGCUCGGCGGUGGUAGUGGGUGUGUUGGGUGUCACGGUCGCGGGAGUCUGGUUCGGCGCACGGGAGGAGUGGGAGCCUGGGACGAAGUCGUCGUCUGUAAAGAAGGAGGAGGCGGCGAUGCGGUGA